GGCGUCGGAGGUAGCGGGAGGAAUGAUGACGGAGGCGGAGCAUGAGCUGUUGCACCAGCAGCUGCUGCAGCUGCAGUUGCAGAUGCCGCAGCACUUGCAGGUACAGCUGUUCGGGCUCCCGCAGCCGGACUCCCCAACGGCCUCUUCAAGACCGGCUGAGGGUGUUCGGGGUGGCAGCGGGGGUGAAGUUGGGGGUGGCUUGCAGACGCGGGGGAGCCUGCGCCGGGGCCCCAGCAUGGAGCUCCCUCCCGAGCUGGAGCAGGAACAGCCGCAGCCACCAAAGAUAACCUCCCCAACAACAAGGGCCGCGGGUGUCACCGCCGGUGCUGCGCAGGCAGCACUCGACCCCGCCGCCGCCGCAGCAGCAGCCCCAGCUGGCAGCAGCAACACCAGUAGCAGCAGCAGCGGUGGUGGUGGUGGUGUCCGCUGCGGCGCCCUGCCCGACCUGGGGCUGCGAGGUCACUCCGCGUCCUCGCUGGACCGCAUGCGGCUGGCGGGUGACGGCGGCUGCGGCGGUGGCAGCGGCGUAGCGGCGGCGGGUGGGGGCUCUGCACUGGGAGCCCAUGUGGGUAUCGUCGUAGGCGGGCCUGAGCGGGGCGACCAACCGGAGCCAUCCGGCUCCAUGCUUCCAGACUUCUCCUCCUGUCGGGCCGCAAUCAAGGCGGAUAGCGGGGGCGAGCAGGAGGUUCCGCCGCUGCCGGUGUUGUCCCUGCCGGUGGUGCCGCGACCCGAGCUUGACAGCGCGGAGCAGCCAUGCACGCCGGACAAGGGGACGGCGGCGCCUUUUGGGGCUGCGAGCCCCAUUGCGGCUGCUGCUGGGGGGCCGGGCGGUGCGGCUGCUGCUGGGGCUGCUGUGGGCCCUACGACGCCGGCGGUCGCAGCAGCAACAUCAGCAGCAGCUGGGGUGCAUGGUGGUGCUGGAGGAGGCGGCGGGGGUUGCGGGUGUUGUGGCGGCGGGAACGGGCAUCACCGCGGGGCGGAGAAGGGUCCCAAGUGGAUCUAUGUGGUGGAUCCGGAGCUGCGGCUGUUCGUACAUCCCAAGGUCCGCGGCCGCUUCCACCACUCGAGCUUCCUCCGCGGGGGUGCCGUGGUCGCAGCCGGGGGCCUGGCCGCGCGGCACGGCCAGCUGCGGCUGCUCACCGCGGACAGCGGGCACUACUGGCCGCGCGAGGAAAACUUCCGGUGGCUGUGCGAGCACCUGGUGAGUGUGGGCGCGGACCUGAGCGCCUGCGAGCUGCGCAGCAAGCACAUGCGGGUGCCCGCGGCCACCGGGAGGGAGCUCAUGGAGCGGUUGGGGGUGCCGCCGCCCGCAUGGCAGCUGCAGUACCUGCCGCCGCCGCCGCCGCCGCCGCUGGCGCCGCUAGAGUGUGGGAUGGAGGGUAUGGUGGAGGUGGCGGGUGCGGCUGGGGAUGCCGGGGGUGGGUGCUGUUUCACGCAGCGGUAGAGCGGAGGAGAGCACAGCUGUUGCUGCUGGUGGGCGAGUGGUGGUGCGCAUGUGAUGGCAAAGGUCGCAGAUGCGUUCCUUGCUGGGAACGCCUUUGUGGCAGAAUUGUGCGUUGCGGGGGCAAUUUUGGUGCGAUGUUCAACUGGGGAGGGGGCUGAUGAGUUCCCUGGGGGGGGGUCUUUCGUGUUACAUGCGCGGUUGUUGUUGUUGUGCAGCUGCUGGUGGUGGUGGCGGGUUGUGGGGGAUUGGGAUUUGAAGCUGCUGAAAUGUGGUGUUUUGGGUGCUGUGGGAAACAGUGGUUAAGGCGGCCACCUCCCUAGGGUUGGGUUCCUCAGGGGCGCGCCUGCCAGGCCUUUGGUACUCACUUAGUGGGGCUGUAUCGCCUGUAUGGUUACGGUAUGGAAUGCAUUUGCUGGGUUUAUAAUGGUGGUUAAAGAGUUUGUUGCAAUGGGGUGCGGUUGUUGCUCAUGCUGCUCGGGUGCAUGGACUGCUGUGCUGGUGAGAGCACGGUGUAGCCCGCGGCAACGCAGGCAAAGGCUGUGGCGGCUAGGGCUUGGGCCUGGCAAGUGGCUCUGGCAAAUGGCAACCCUUAUGGCAGCCCUUGGGAGGCUGAGCAGGGAGGAACUGGGAAACAAUGAUGCUAUGCUUCCGUCGGAACACGCAAAGGGUCACGGCUGGUGGCGCGACUGGUAGGUUUCUUGGACCGUCUUGGACAAGUGUUGGCGGUGCAAGGCGGAGGUGCGGGUUGGAUUUGACGGGGGCGUGGUGAAAGGGGUUAUAGAAUUGCGACGAGACCCUUCACCUUGGCUUAUUCAAUGGGAAACGCUGCUGCUGCUGCGGCGGUUGUGUUUUUGCGGGUCUUGAAUUGCACCAAUAGCGGGCGCAGUUUCGCAGAGUGGCAGGAAGCGGGGCGGGGGUGGAGGCCGCCGCGUGCUGGCGUUACUGUGUGCGACAUUUCGCCACUGCGCCCCUGUUUCCACUGGCAGCGCUUUACCCGGUGCCAUCAAGGAUCUGUAGCUGUACUUGGUCCAGAGGCCACAGCUGCUGCUGCUUCUCUUGCUGCUGCUAUUGCUGCUGCUUUAUUCUUUUGCGGGCACUUUGGAGUGAGAUGAGCUUGCGGGUGCACGAGGUGUGUCUUGAGGGGGAGUGAGAGGGGCGAGCCUUUGUGUUCAUUACUGGUAGGGAGGAGGGCGGCCUCAUGGAGUCCCUCUAGCCUUGGACCGGUACCCUAGCAGUGAGGGCUUGGAGAAGGGGAUUAACAGCAGGUAGGCGAUGCCCAAAACUGCGAGUAGGGUAGAGGUGUGUUAGGAAUAUCCGGUCCUGGUGAGUAGCGUCGUGUAUGUGGAUGCAAAGAUAGCGUCGGAUUCGCUGUGGCGCCGCCGUGGCUGGGGGGUUGGUGGAAGAGGGCUUGCGAACUCGUUACGCCCCUGUCAGCAGCAGCAGUGGGGUACAAGAUGUGAGAGGGUGUCCUCCUUACUGAGGUGGACUCACUGGGGUGGCGGUGGGCGGACACAAGGUGGUGACACUUAAGGCGGGCCGCCGAGGGACGUUGCGAUGCAACACGGCAUGGCAACGACGGUGGUGGGUAUUUCGUGUCAUGGAGCUUAGGGAUGAUGUGUGUCUGGUUGCGCGACUCGUGUCUGAUAGCGGGUUGUCAUGGCGGGGUGGGGACUGGGUGUUAAAUAACUGGCCGCGAGUCGGAACGUACUGUGGUUGCCGGAAGAUGAAGUCCGGGGACUGUGUGUACGCGUGUGUUAAGAAAACUGGCCGCGUGUCGGUGUUGUUAAGAAAACUGGCCGCGAGUCUGUGUGUGUGUGUGACGACUAAGGUAGCCAUGAUAGAGCGGAUAACGCUAUAGUCGCUUCUGACUUUUGUACUCUCAGCUUUUACUGCUGCCCUAACACAUUUAACUGGAAAGGGGCGCAGAAGGGAGUUUCCUGUCUCCCUCGGACAGUCCCUGCAUAGGGUGUGUGCUGUGAAGGUCUGGGAAAUGCUCGGUUUGACCGCAUAGGUAUUCCCACGUACGGGCUGAUGCCUGUCCGGUGAAGUGCUUACGGAUCUGGGCGAGUACAGGAGGAGUUUGGGUGCGAGGUAGCGGGGGCAUGGGACAGCGGCAUGGGUUACUAGGAGGUAUGUUCGUGCGGUGUUGGCUGGCUGGAGGUGAAAUGGUGAUGACGAGGUAUUGACUAGGUGGUGUGCUCGCCUUGACUGUUUAGGGCGCUAGUUUUAUAACUGAAGGUCUUAUUACUGUGUCAGUUACAAUGUCGAAGCAGCGGGAGCCCGCAUAGCUGUGUCAUGGGCCUCGUCUGCAUUGUACCGCGUAAUGUGUCUGUUAGACUCUGUGGCUUAGGACGGAUAACAUGACGGAAAGAAUUGUGCUGCGGUUGCAGUGCACGCAAGCAAAUCAACGACGUAAAAGACGGGAAAGCAAAAGACAAGAAGGCACGCUGCGAUGCUGGGAAGCGUUUGGGUGUGUAAUUGAGCAGAAACAAGAGCAAGCAGUUGGGAUAGGUUCGCAUGUGAACCGCAAGUACAGGCAAAACAGUUUGGGUGUGUGUUGGAACAUGGAGGGCUGGG